UCCAGUUCGAAGUGCUCCAGUCAAACAUUUGCCCCCUUGUAUACGGAUCUGGUCAUGGGUUUGCUCGAGAUGCUGCGUCGUCUGGGUCGUCGUCGUCCCCCGGCCGCAGGCGGCUGCAACAUCGAGCUGCAGCGUCGCAUGCCCUGCAAAUCGAAUCAAUUGGACGUUCAGCCCGGGUCCGGGCAGGCUGCGGGGGUCACGGAGCAGUCGCUGCAGGUGUGGCGCGCGCUGCCCGCCGAGAUACGACAUGAUCCCAGCAUGGCCAGCUUUCAAAUGGAGAACGAACGCAUUUACGGCUCCAUGGUCGGCGGCGACAGCGAGCCGGAGGAGGCGUACCUGGACGCCGGCGAGGAGGAGGACCCGUCCAGAGGUCGCGCCUCCAGCUAUGCGGGCUCCGAUUAUCUGGACAUCAAGCUGAAAAACGGCGUGGAGAGCACAGACGACGAGGUGACCACCACGCACUCGGAGCAGGAGCAGCCGCAGGCGAACGGGCCCGGCAAUGCCAAGGCUCUGGCCCGGCGCAUACAUCACAGAUCGAAGCGUUCCAAGGAGCAGCUGCAGCGCGACAAGCUCUGGAAACGCUGCGGCCUGCUGAUCUGCUGGCUAUUCGCCGCGGCCGUCCUCAUUAGCGUCGGCGAGAAGCAGCUGCUGGAGAAGAUUGUCCAGGUGCCGCAGGGCGAGCACGGCAAAUUUUUUCAGCUGCAGCAAAAGCCCAUGGGCGACUUUCGGCUGAAGCUGCUCGGCGCCUUUGAUUCCUCCAGCCAGCUGCUCGGCCAGGAGCCGAACGAGACGCAGACGGAGACGGAGUCGGAGCCAAGUCGAGCUCAUUUAUUUGUGCAGCCGCAGCUUAGCCUCAAUCGGAGCAAGGAAUUCCAGGAUAUUUUGGCGCCCUGGCAGCUGACCCUGGUGAGCGAGGAGCAGCUGCUCCAUGCGCCCGCCGUGCCUCGCAAUCACACCUUCCAGCUGACCGCGGAGCUGCAGGAGCUGCUCGCCCAAACCGCCAGCCAGAUGCGUCUGCACAUCUAUAGCGAUGCGGGGCAGGAGUUGGCACUGGAGCUGAGCUACAAUCCGUUGAUUGUGAACAAUCGCACGGGCAGCAUUCUGGCCGGGAUUAUCCUGCUGCUGUUCUACGGGCUGCUCGUCUGGGAGCAGCUGGAUCGUCCGUUUGCGGCAAUGAUAUGCGCCGUGCUGUCUGUGACCGCGUUGGCCGUCUUUCAGGAUCGCCCCAACAUGGAGGAGAUCAAACAGUGGAUGGACAUGGAGCUGCUAACGCUCGUCUUCUGCAUGAUGCUGCUCAUUCUCAUUCUGACCGAGACGGGCGUCUUUGACUAUCUGGCCGUCGUCUGUUUCGAGAUAUCCGGCGGCAAGAUCUGGCCCAUGAUCUACAGCCUCUGCCUGGCCACCUGCCUUGUGUCCAGUGUCCUCGACAACAUGACCACCGUGCUGCUACUCACACCCGUGGCCAUACGUUUGUGUGAGGUCAUGCAGCUGGAUCCCCUGCCCGUCGUCAUGGGCAUCAUUGUCCAUGCGAACAUCGGCGGCGCCCUAACCCCCAUUGGAGAUCCCAUCAGCAUUAUCGUCGGCACAAAUCACUUUAUCGUCGAGAAUGGCGUCAAUUUCCUGACCUUUGUGGCCCACAUGCUGCCCGGCGUGCUGCUGGCGGUGCUGCAAAGCUGCGCGUAUUUGCGUCUCUACUAUCGCAACAUUGACGAGCUGCGUCUGAAUGAGCCCAAGGAGCUGGCCGAGCUGCGGCGCGAGAUCAGGGUGUGGCAACGCGCACUGAACGCAAUCGCCGUCUGCUCGAAGGACGCGCAACUGGUGCGCGGCACGCUGCACGGCAAGGUGAAGCACCUGAAGCGGACGCUGAGGCGCAAACAACGCGGCGUCGGCUCCACAGAGAUCUAUGCAAGCACGCUGGAUGAGCUCAAGCAGAAGUACCCGAUCAAGAAUAAGAAACUGUUGCUGCAAUCGACUGGCGCCCUGCUCUUCGUGAUCGUCUGUUUUCUGGUGCAAUCGGUGCCCCACUGGCGCACCCUGCCCCUGGGCUGGGUGGCUUUGCUGGGCGUGAUCCUGCUGCUGAUUGUGCUAGAUCGCGAUGAUAUGGAGCAUCUGAUACAUCGCAUCGAAUGGACAACUUUGCUCUUCUUUGGCGCCAUGUUCGUGAUGAUGGAGUGCGUGGAGCGUCUGGGGCUGCUCGUCAGCAUAGCCGAGCUGACGGAGCACGUCAUCCUGGCCGUGCAGCCGGGCCACAGACUGGCCGUCGCUCUGGCCAUGAUACUGUGGAUCACGGCGCUGGCCUCCGCUGUGCUGGACAGCAUACCAGUUGCCGCGAUGAUGGUCAAGCUGGUCACCUCGCUGGUGGCCAAAUCAUCCCUGGGCCUGCCCAUGCAGCCGCUCAUCUGGGCCCUGACCCUGGGCGCCUCCCUCGGCGGCAAUGGCACCCUCUACGGCGCCUCCGCGAACGUCAUUGCGGCGGGCAUAGCCGAACAGCACGGCUACAAAUUGUCCUUUACACGGUAUCUGAAGACCGUGCUGCCCAUGAUGCUGGGCCAGAUCGCACUCAUGACCAUCUACCUGCUGCUGGCCCACGUCGUCUUCAGCUGGCAUUAACUACAUAUAUUCAAAUCUAUUCAAGAUUUAAGCCUGGCCUCAGUUAUAUUCAAAUCUGAAUCUGUUCUGAAUUUGUUUAUACUAGCUUUAAGACAUGCUUUACUCGAUUGCAUAAAAUCAAUUCAAUUUAAGGCUUUUCUUGUAUUCGUAAUCUCUCGAUGUCUUUUUCGUAAACUCUAUUUAGAGAAAAUUCACAAACCAAAGUGUUUCA